AAUUUGCAGCCGUUGAAGAUUAAUCCAAAAUAUCUUGGUUAUUUGUUUAAAUUUCAUUAGUUCAAUUAGUUGAUAUCAUGGUAUGUGAAUUGUUUUCAUUAUUUUCUAUCUUUUGUGGGCGUUUUCGAGCGGCAAGACAAGCUGUUUUCAACUGGGAAGUUGGAGUUUGCCAGUAGUGCCGUAGUGCCAGUUGACUGAAUAGUACAGUACACAACUACACAACUACAAAGUCCAAAUAUCAGUUACCUACCUAUAUUAGAUUUGCAUUUUACAUGCAGUUCACGAAAAUGAAUGUGGAAGAGGAUAUAAUAAACAUAGACGACGGAGACGUAGACGAAGACGACGUAAACAUAGACCUGCGUGAAUCCGAAAACCUCACUGAUGGUUGUAUUGGAAAUGGUGGUGGUAGCACUGGGGCUAGUGCGAGUAGUACAAGUGGAAGUACUCGUACUGGGAUGGCAAAGUUACAGCCCAACUUAACCGAAGAAGUAGCACACCCCCACGUCCUAAAAAAAAAGGGUAACAUAUUACAACAAAGAGUGGGCAAAUACCAUAACCAAUCUUAUAAUUCUUUAGACUGUUCAUUUAAAUUAGAUACAAAGAUUUACACAGACUCCAAAGUAGCAGUGAAACUUUCCUGUGGAAGGACUAAAAGUCAAGCGAUUGUGCAAAAUGUCUUACCGCCGAUGGUACUGGAAAAACCGAUUGAAUUGUUAAGGCAUCAUUUUCCAAAACUUUUCUUUAGCGUUCAGUUGGAUGCUUCAAACAGGAAAAAUGUUAAACUAUUUCCAAUUUCUGUUCAAAUGUUUACGGUUGAAGGGGGGCUUCAAAAUUUUAUGUUGCACUUUUGUGAAAAUAGUGACGAAAGUGCUGAUUGGAUGUUUAACAUGGUGAAUAAUAGUUUAAAGGAAUUAAAAUUGGAUUGGGGUCAAGUUUCGUCGUUAAGUGCAGAUAAUACAAAUUCAAAUUAUGGUGCUCAUCACAGUCUUUUCACCAAUAUUUUGGCUAAAAAUGAAAACAUAUUAAAAAGAAAUUGUCAUGCUCAUCUAAUACAUAAUUGCGUCAAGUUUUCUAUGGACACUUUAAGUUUGGAUGUUGAAAAUCUUGUUCUCAAAAUCUAUUCUCACUUUUUUGUCUGCCAAACGUCGGGAAGAACUUAA